GUUAGAGAGGUCUUUCAUAUCGCCUGCUCCUAUUUUAACUAGAAACGCUGCUGAUUGGACCUGGGACCAUCUGCAUGCAUGCCAAGCAGAUGUUUCACCGAGCUAAGUAUGUUUCAGAUACAGCAAACAUUUGCAACCAGAUAGAUUGGUCCACACUAGAAAAUCCAGUUGUGAAAAAGGGCUGCUUUCAGAAUGCAAUAGCAGAUCAUGGGCGGGCGCAGAUCCUGUCUCGCCUAUUUAUUGCCGCAAGCCGACUACGACGAAUUCCUAAAAGUACAAGUGGCAGGCGUGUUUUCCUUGCGAGUAGCGGGGACAGAGAAAGUCUGUAGUCUGCACAUGCGCCCCUGGAAGCAACAGGAAGACGAAAGCCCCCACUCAGGAUGUCUGUCCCCACACCAGAAGAACUGAAGAACCUCCAGGAGUCUUUCCGGGGAAAAAACCAAGCAUGCUUCAUCUUGGGCGCCUCAGGUGAGACCGGAAAGGAGCUGCUGGCUGAAGUCUUGAGGCAGCAACUGUUCUCCAAGGUGACACUCAUUGGCCGGAGAAAGCUGGAUUUGGAAGGGCCACACUACAGCAAUGUGAGGCAAGAAAUUGUUGACUUUGAGAAACUGGAUGAGUUUGCUGCUGCUUUCCAAGGCCAUGACGUUGGAUUCUGCUGCCUGGGAACAACCAAAGCCAAAGCUGGAACGGCUGGGUUUCAACGAGUUGACCUUGAUUAUGUUCAGCAUUCAGCAGAAUUAGCCAAAGCUGGCGGAUGCCAUCAUUUUAUCUUACAGUCAGCUAAGGGUGCAGAUGCCUCCAGCUCUUUCUUUUACCUUCGAGUUAAGGGUGAAGCAGAGUCCAGGGUCCAAGCAGCUGGGUUUGACCGCUGCUCCAUAUUUAGACCAGCGGUGCUGCUGUGUGAUCGUCAAGAGUCACGUCCUGCUGAGUGGGUAGCCCAGAAAGUUUUGGGAGCAAUAGCCUACAUCCACCCCACCUUUUUCUCCAUCCCCACAGUGACUGUGGCUCGGGCAAUGGUGAACAAUGUUGUGAUGCCAGGACCUGGUAACCAGAAGGUGGAAAUUCUGGAGAAUGCAAGAUUACAUGCCUUAGGAAACAUUAAAUAGUUGGGGGAGUUGUUGUUGGGUGAUAUGGGUGGUGGAAGGACCUUAUCAAUCCAAUGCCCCAGUUUUGCUGAUCUUUCCUUUUCCCUGGAGGCUCCCCCUUAAAUAGUGAUGUCCUCCCUAUUCCCUUGAAGCCACUCUUCUGCAUUUCUAUGAUAACCUAAUUAACCACCAUAUUUCCUGUGGCUGCAAUUUUGACUAAAAUUGGUGAAUUACAAAAGGAUCAAACAUCACUGCUAUGUAAAGAUCAUAAAAAGUUGCCCAGCACAUGGGGGAUGGGAGGUGUGCCAAAUAUGGGACUAAAGUUAUUUGGUCAGAUCCACUGUAGAUUUGUGCUUUUGUAUAAAUUUUCUGUUCACAUCGUGCACUGGGUAGAACAAGACACCUAAGUGCCUGUUGCUUGAAGGUCAACUCUGGUCUUUCCUGCCAACCUUAAUUGUGGCUAGAAUGUAUGUAUUGGGAAAAGGUAGGCAGACUCAUAGCAGGUGAUAGAGAUCUUUUCCCUGAUCAGGUUUAAAUACCAUACUAGUAAUGGAGUCUGUAUGGCAGAAAAGUGCUUGGGAGAAGGAAAGAUAAGAGGGGUGGAAAUGCUGAUUCCCAUACCUACUGCCCAAUUCAGAUCAAGACCUGAAGGGAAGGAGGUGUUAAACCUCAGUUCUGUUUUCUCAAUCUGAAAUGGCCUUGGGGAAACAGGUGCUGAUAUGGGUACCUCAGCAGGACAAAUAGCAGCCUCCUGGAGCCAUUUUGAUCAGUACCUCAAACUCUGGUCCCAAUCCAAAUUGGCCUCUAUGUGCUGCUGAUGUUUAGAGAAGGAGAAACAUUUGGAGUUCUGUUUAUGGACCUCUAAGCAUCAUACUUUACCCUGUUAGCUGUUUUCAAGUAAAAUAUUUUAUCUUGAAAGCUUUGAAUUGUCCAGAUCUGAUGUGACAUUUUGUACUUGAGCUUGUAGAACCCUGCCUGUCUUCCCUUACACCAAAGUGACAUCUUUAACAUUAUUCUAUGCACCUGCCCAAAGCAACAUUGUUUUGAAAAGAGGGAAAUUGAUGAACUAUGCUUUUUCAAAAUCAUUCAUUUGUUUUUAGGAUGUAACAUUUCUAUGUAAAAUCUCUAAUAUGUUGUAAGACACCUUGAAUGUAGUUUCAUUGCUAGAUUUAGUACAUUUGUUCAAAGGAUGACUCCACUUACGGAUGGGCGAAUAAGAGAAGAAUUCAUUACAGUGCUGAAUGUAAAUAUUAUCACUGUUCCAAAAUAUUCAGUGCACUAAUGUUAGGUUGGAGUCUUCAUGGAAGGCAGCUUCAUACAACUGUAUUCUGAUGAUAGGGAAAAAGGGAAUACUGUAGUAUAUAUACACAUAGGACUGGUAUCAGAAAUUAGAAUUACUGAGUGCCUACUGAGGCCCAGAUUCCAACAAAGGAAACCUAUGCGGUAAUCCUUUAUGCCUGCUGCUUCUCUCUUGUGCUGUUGCUGCUGACUGGUUCACUUUGAGCAGAGCAAAAACAAGAUGAAGAUACAACUCUAUUGAAGAGAUGAGGGCAGCAGGGGGCUUCCAAGGAGAGAGGUGUUUGGAGCAUCUUGCCCAUGACCACAAAAACCUGAAGCCAGCACUUAAUCACCAUCUUCUGUGGUGAUCACACAGGCAUCUUUUGUGGAACACUCAGGGAAGCCAUAGUGGGCUACAAGUUCCCGGUAUAUAUUCACAGGGCAAAAUUAGAAAUAUGCAUGAUUGUCAUUUGUAAUGAGAAACUUCUUUGUAGGGAAAAGGUUAUAUGUGAAAUUGUCUGCAAAUCAGGGAAUCAUGUACUUGCAAGGUGUUCUUGCGGUAUGUGAACAUCCCCUAGAGUACUACCUUAGCACUACCUUGGGUUUGAUAUUUAAUACCCUAGCACUGUUGUAGUUUUGGUAUUUAAGCAAGAAGUAUUUCAAGGGAAUUAUUGUCACAAGAAAAGCUUGUAUAAAUGAUCCAAAGCUAGAUAGAAUGAUCAAAAUGAAAUAAAUGCCGCUUGCUAAUAUUUUUCAUGCUUUUUUAAAUGUUAAGUUUGUGUAUGACUUGGAACACCAAUCCCAGUCCUCUUAGCAUUUUACUUUGAAAUCAAUAUCCAUAUGGCCUUGAAAGUGACUACAUUCUGAAGUUCAGGUCAUUUUGUUUAUAACUGGAUGUUACUGCUAUUGGUAAUGAAAGUGAAAAGGGCAAACAACCAUUAAAUACUCAUCAAACAUGUGAACAAUUGAACUUUACUGACUUGCACUGAGCUUUGAUCUAUUAAUCAAAUUUCUGCUUUGUUUGUGAAAUUGAUUUUUAAUGCCUUGAUACACCGAAAGCCUCUGGAUUGUCUUAAAUAGCUGCAAUUCCUGUGAACCGAUCUAUUAAAUAGUUACUUAAAUAGUGCCUUGUUUUUACUGUAUUGAUAUGUUAUACUUCAGUUUGUAGCUAGGUCUUGUAGACUGAAAGUAAAGCUUUUGCUGAAGAAACAUA